UUAAUGGCUUCCAAUAAGGUUUAUUUUGAUAAACUUUUUAAUAAAUUAAAUUCGAUAAAAGUGUAAGUGAAAAUUCGCGUUUUUUGGUGAAAAUGAACUCUUGGGAACUCGGUGCGGAAAGUGUCCCGUUCCUGAACUUAUCGCAGGCGGCCGGACUGGUACAAACAGUUAGGAGAUGCUACUGCGAAGGCCACUGUCCAAACGGCCAAAUCAACGGUACCUGCGAGGUACGAAUCGGCGGCAAAUGCUUCACCAACGUCGAAGCCUACUUUGAAGAUGGAGAAGAGUACCCGGUACGCCGAUAUGGGUGCCUGCCCCCUGAUGAAGGUAGCCUUAUGCAGUGUAAAGGUGACUUGGUACCACACCAAGACAGCAAAAGCAUCCAGUGCUGCGACGAUUCAGACUUUUGCAACAGAGACCUCAAACCCAUGUACACCCCAAGGCCCACCACUGACGUGCCCACUUUCGGUACCACCGAUAACCUCCCCUACAUAGUACUCCUCACUUCUGUAACAUUUUGCCUCACCUUAUUCCUCUUAUGUAUAGCCUUCGUUUACAUGAAGUACCGUAAGAAGGAAGUUUACUCCAAAGGGUACGCACCUGAAAAGUUCCCCAACAUGGAAGUGCACGGACCUUUGUCCAGUCUAAUCGAACAAUCGAGUGGGUCUGGAUCAGGCUUGCCUAUAUUAGUACAAAGGACGAUUUCUAAGCAAAUUCAAAUGGUCAAAUCAGUGGGUAAAGGCCGAUAUGGUGAAGUGUGGCUUGCAAGGUGGAGAGGCGAAAAGGUUGCGGUAAAAGUAUUUCUAACAACCGAAGAGCAAAGUUGGUUUAGGGAAACCGAAAUUUAUCAAACUGUUUUGAUGAGGCAUGAAAACAUUCUAAGCUUUAUUGCGGCUGAUAUUAAAGGCACUGGCUGGACUCAGAUGUUGUUAAUAACUGAUUUUCACGAGAAUGGGUCUUUGUAUGAUUAUUUACAAGACCACUGUUUGGAUCCAAAUAGUUUGCUUGUAAUGGCUAAAAGUAUUGCUAGUGGCUUGUCCCAUUUGCAUACAGAGAUUUUUAGUACUCGAGGCAAACCUGCAAUAGCCCACAGAGAUAUUAAAAGCAAAAACAUUUUAGUAAAGAGAAAUGGGGAAUGUUGCAUAGCAGAUUUUGGUUUAGCAGUGAAAUUCCUAAGUGACACAAACGAAAUCGAUGUUCCACCAAACAUCCGAAGUGGUACCCGACGCUAUAUGGCACCCGAAAUCUUGGACAAAUCUAUAAAUUCUUUAGAAUUUGAAGCCCACAAAAAGGCAGACAUGUACGCUUUAAGCUUAGUGUUUUGGGAAAUGUCCCGCAGGUGCGCAACAGGGGACAAAUUAAAAAUUGUGGACGAUUAUGAGGUGCCCUUUUUCGAUUGCGUGCCUAGCGAUCCUAGUUUUGAAGACAUGCAGCAGGUUGUUUGUGUGAAAAAAAUUAGGCCCCAAUUGCCUCAGAGAUGGGAGAGUGAAGAGGUGCUUCAGACUUUGUCUAAGUUGAUGCAGGAGUGUUGGCAUUCGAACCCAGAUGUCCGAUUGACUUCGUUAAGGGUUAAAAAGACUUUGUCCAAGUUGGAUCCUGAUGUUAGUAUAAAAAUUGUUUAGACUAUAUAAUGAGCUUUAUUGUACAUAUUUUGUGUACAUAUAGAAUUUUAGUUGUAAAUAUUUAAAAGAGUGGAGUACUUUGUAAUUUGGUUUUUUGGAGGUGUUGAUUAGUCUUCAUUGAGUUGUAAACUUGGAAGACUAUUCACCCACUGUAUGUAUAUAAACGACUUGACAAUAUACUAAAAUAAUUAUAAAAAUACAAAAACAAUAACCCGAAAACUGUGUCCUUGAUAUAUUAAUUAAGAAAAACGCCGUACCAAAUGUGACAUUUUUUUUUUUGCCAUAGACGAUUCCUAUUAUAGACCAGUGCCAUCCAGUCGAAAUAUAAAGUCCUGAAUAAAUUAUUAUAAAAUUCCACUUGUUAAUCACAUACACACACAUACAUAGCAAGAGUUGCUCAAAGAUAAAUAAUGUCCAAUUUUUUUUUGUUCAGGAUUUAUUUAUGUGUAAAUUAAUAUAAAGUUUAUUCUUUUAGGGCCGGUUUAUUCAUCUUUUGAUAAACUGACAGGUAUGAUUUGUAAUCCCAUGAGUGGGAUAGUUAUCCACUGACCAAUAGCAUUAUAGAACUAUCUGCAACAUAAGCAAGUUUAUCUAAAGAUGAAUAAAUCAGGCCUUAUUUAACUAAAGGGCCGAGUGACUGUUUAGAAAAUGUGCAUUUAAUUGUUAGAUUAUUAUUAUUAUUAUUGUAACAAUUUCUAUUUUAGUUUAAACAAAAGUAUUUUUUAAUUAAAAAUUGUCUUGAUUGAAUGUGUAUGAUGUAAUUUAAUUUCUUCUUUUUUGAUUUUUGUUUCGUUUUUAUUGCAAGACUGAUAUUGGAUGUUGUGUUUUUGAUGUAUUUAAAAAAUAAAAGACCGUGUAAAAAGUUGUAAUAAAAACU